GUAAAACAAUGGUGUUAUUAGUUCUUAUCAGUGUUUUGUUUUCUGUGUUUCGAGCGUCAGUGGGAAAUUCUGAAUAUGUUGAUUUGUCUCCACAGAAUAUAAUGAUGGUGAUAGCGAAAGAGAGAAUAUUCUUGAUUGAAAAUACAAAUGAACACAACAAAGAGUUCAAUGACAUUUUUGAAAAAGUUUGCGGCAACUAUUAUGCUGUAGAACGCGGACCUGUUGAAGAAUCUUACCAAUAUCCCUACGUUAUUAACUUCGCUGUUCCUGGCUCAUAUAAUUACAACAAUAAUAUACUGGAAGAUAACUUCGUGAACGCCGGCAGCAUAACCGAUCCAAAUAAGAUAAACUGUACCAAAAUACACAAUGAAAUCUACUGCAACGAAACCGCGAAUCUUGUUAGCAUUAGUCUAUCCAAACAUGACGACGGAUCUGUGUUGGAAUUAGUUCAAAGCCUCACCCUAGAUAGCAUUCAUUCUUUAACUGAAGACAGUUGCAGACCACAGUUCAAAAGUAUAGCGCAUUUGAACACUGUCCUUAUUUGUCAGUCAUUAAAGAGAGAGAUUUUCUGGACCCUCAAACAACGCUAUUUCAUGUUCAAUUUGAUACAAAUUGAUGACGACAGUUCUUGCGAUGAAGCUAUCAGAGAUAACCAACAUCGGCUUCUAGCGAUACUGAGGCCUGAACCUAAAAUUGACACAUUAGUACCAACUGUCUUAUUAAGAACUCCUUAUAUAUCCUCCGAGAUGAGAACAGGUCUUCCGAAUUCUAAGAACCUAAUUCCAUGGCAAUUGUUGAAAUUUGGAAUUGUGAAGUUUAUACAAAAUGUUGGCUGGCGAAGAGUGGUGGUAGUGUCUGAUGAUUCUGAAUAUAGCGUUGAUUUUGAAAAGGAAUUGACGGAUUUAUUGCAUAGAGAAAAAAUUGUGUACACUACCGUUCGAUGUGAUGGCGCUGAGUGCAGUUUAGAGAGCCUAUUAAAAAUAUUGAAGAAAGUCUCACCAAAGAUAGUCAUCGCUAACUUGAAGAAGAGUUAUGAUUUACACCACUUAAUAACCAAUUUCAAUCUCCACACCACAUGGAUAUUGAGGGAUGUAGAAGACGCAGAUAUGAUCCAACUUAAUAAACAGGAUCCACAUAGAAGAAAUUUGUUCUCUGUGAGUUUGCGUGCCUACACAAAGGAAACGGACUACCGCUGCGGUAUGGAGGACGAUAUUACAGCCGGUGUUGAAGCGAUCGCUUACGCUUAUAAUUAUUCCAACAUUACCAGUAUCGCCAACGACAUGAAGAAAAAGAAAUUUUACAGUUUGAUCGCAGAAAAAAUGAAUGAAUUGAAAAGAAACGAAGCUGUUGUUUGUGUUAAGAACUUAUUUAAAAAUAAUUUAGUUUCAACAAUGUAUGUAAACGCUACAGGGGCAAAAGUACAUAGUUUCAAGCAACCCUUUAAGAAGGUUCCAGAAGACGGGCCAUUCUGCUUGGCUUACAGCAACAAAUACUUCUACCCUUGUGAUAACGUAUUGCCUUUAGUUUACAUUUGUGUUAUUGUCAUGUUCUUUAUCACUGUCCUAUGGCUAGCCUGUUACUUUGAUAAAACUACGCCUUUAAACCGAAAUAACUAUUAUCGACAUUUUGAUUAAAU